AUGCCGAUGAUACCGAAGAAUGAGAGAACUUCGCUGACGAGCAACAUCACCUCUGAUGGCGCAGUUAACCGGAUUUCCUCUCCAAACCCACCCUCAGUCCCCAACACUGCACCCAAAACUCGCCGGCUGAAGUCGACAUCCAGCUCAUGCCAGCCCUCCAGUAUCGACGAGUCCAAUGUGGUGCCCUUCGUCCCGGAACAUCACCAAAGGGAGAACAGCCAGGAAUACGAGCAUGCGCACUGGUUGUUCUCGUCUAGCGCAAAAGAGGUCCAGCCUUGGAGUUCUCAAAGAUGGCAGUACCACCAGAGCUUAGAGGCUUCUGGACCACGUCUGGCAACACCAAAGAACACAACUUGGAACCCAGCUCAUGACUUGGUCUCGGUUUGGUUGUCGGAUAUCCCAUUCCCUUCAUUUGAAUCGGUUCAGGCACCUCGUCCGAUGAAACAAGCUCAACGAAAUAUCACAUCUGAGUCCAUGGCGCCUGACAUCGACGAUAUUGAAGCUUUCCCCAAGCUAGCUAGUGUUGCCGGUGCCCAGAUACGCCGAAAUUUACUCGAGACAUGUCGAGGCAAAGGUGCCAGGGCCAGUUCAAGUAACAAACCUGAUCACAUGUCUUGGGUCCAUGUUUCUCGGGACGAUGUAACCUCGCCAGUGUCCGCGCCACCGCAUAUCAACGAAGGCUCAACGUACCAUGGAUACUUCGACCACGUACCCGCAAGAACUUCGAACAAGAUUGACGUCAAUCGCUCUCAUUCGCGAUGGGGCUCAGGGUUUGAUGGGCCCCUCAGUCCUACAAGCAACAACGAGACCGAGUCGGCACCAAGUGAGAUAGGAUCAAGUUUACCUCAGCGGAUGCAAAGCGGAGGUGAAAAUUCACAAGUCAGUUCCACCGAGUCCGGUUCCAUUGACUGGGAAAGGAGCUGGUUCAAGAGAAAGCCUCGUCGGACUCACAAUGUCUCCGAGGUUUCGAUUCCUGAUCCUGCCUUUCAUACACAUGCGAUUGACUUGUUCUCCAUGACCAGUCUCGAUGCUGAGGAUAGCAGCGGGGACUCCGGGUCUGACAUAGCAUGUCCUCACGUUGUGGAACAUCAUGCGCAGUUUCAUGCCCUGCAGCAGUUCGCCUUGAAAUCAUGUCCCGAACUCCACACCACCUUGGAUAAGUACGAGGCAGCCGAUUCAGAGGCAAGUUCACACAGGAACGAGUGGCGAGAUCCAGCUUCUGGACUAUCAGCCCAUAGACCAAACACAAAGCGACCCCGAGAAACCAUGCGAGACGCCAUGUCAAGGCGCCUGCAUUCUCUCGGACGACGAUUUCACCGAACCUCGUCGAACUACUCAGUUCGCCCUGACUUUCCAGCCCAUCCUCACGGCAAGGACCGCCGACUAUUGGCACGGAACUCUUCAGACAUCUGUCCAUCCUCGGGCGACGAAAACCCAGUUUUCAAUUCGCCGGCAUCUGAUUUCAUGCCUGAUAAUACGUCGGGGAAGCCUGCCGAUCUACUCGACAAGGCUAGUAUCAUGAUUGCCGCUGCCGAACUCGAUCGACUUUCGUCGAUGGGUGGUCGAAGCCACACACCCAAGGAUCCGGAAACAAGUUCGUCUCUGGGUAUACCGCCCAACACUCCAUCAUCACCCGGUGGUUUCCCAAGCGGGGCGGCGAGUCCUUCGAGCGCCGGAUAUGCGGCUGCAGCACCUCCUCCCUCUUAUGCCCCGCCCAGCAACACUUCAGCUUCCGGUGGUCCGUCCGGAGUAAGCACGCCGGCUAGACGCGGACAACGACGGCGGGCAGCACGAAGCCGUCUAUCAGAGGUAACAACCCCUGAAGACCUAGGCACGGCCGAUUCCACGCUAUCUCAGGCAUUCACGCCGCCGAUGAUCGACAAGAUCGGGGAAACGGUAAUCGAUGACAUGGAUGACUUUGAUCAACCGCUAUACCCUCGGCCGCUCAUGGUCAAUCGCAGUGGUAGACAAGCCGCACCAAGACUGCAGAGAGACCGCCCUGAUGUAUCAUCACCCAAAUACGCAGAAGCUAGGACGUCACCGAUUCCCACCAGAGAAGCGGAGAAACUUGUCAAGUCAAGAAAUUUAUUGGAAUUGUCGGAUGUUGUGGACACCAUUGUUGAAGAGGAGGCCAACACCAUCCCCGUUAGAACAUCCUCAAUUGGCAAGACAUCGGAAUGUGGCCUCGAACAGCCUCGAGUUUCCGUUCAGACUUCACCUCUCGGCGUGCGGCCACAUGUCACUUCGACGGUAAGUUCUCCUGGGCAGAUGCGGGCAUCAUCACCACCACUCGUGAAACCUAUCCCUAUCAGGGCAGACACAGAACCCAGACCAGACGCCUUGCCCUCGGAGUGCAUCAAUCUUGCUCCGACGGUGAAUCCAGCCUCCGACGUUUCGCAGUCGCCAACAUCCACAGAGACAACCUCCUGCCAUCCAGAUACCUGGACAGAUGCACAGGGUGAGCCAGGAGAUUCGGAUCCGUUCUGUCCGCCGGCUUGCGAAACAAGGCAUAGCCACGAAACUGCGGGAUCCCCCGUGCAGCCAAUGGGGUUCUUCAGAAAGAGCACGAGCGGGACUGUGCACAUACUAGACGCUGUGGAGAGUAGCGGGAGUGAGGGGCAGCAGGACAAAGUGACAAAUUUCAGGGAUCAUGACUGUGUGCUUGAAAACUGA